CUUCCUUACUUCUGUGCCUUGAAACAUGGCAGGUCACUGUCAGUUUACGGGUGAUAUUUUUAUUCGGCCAGUUUUAAAACUUGUGAGUGGGGUUCGCACAAUUAAAAGGGCUAGGUUUUUGAAAGUUGGCCCUUUCUGAAUGGAGCUAAUGAAUGUGAUGCACAGAAGUGUCUUUUAGAAAAACGUCAUGUUUCACACAACAGAGAUGGCAGAAGAAAGUUCGAGUAGCAGUGUAGUUUCCAAUGUGAGCAGCUGUAGCCUUCAUAUCCGACGGGGCCUUUUCACCCAAGAUAGAGGACCUAAAGGAGAAAUGUUCAGCCUGAGAGAUACGGAGGAUGACGUCCAAUUUGACACUGUUAAGACAGUACAGUAAAUGUUUGGUGUCUAAAUGGAUUCAGAGGGAAAUGACAUUAUGGCCUUACUUGCUAAAGUUAUUGCUGAAGCCUCAGACUCGGACAAUAACUGUGAGGUGUUGCUGGCGGGGAAACAGUAUCCGUCGAUCCAGGAAUUUGCCUCUGCCAUUCCCAACCAACUGCUGCUGGGAUCACUACUGGAACACUUGUGCUUUGUUUACGAGAGCGAUCCCACACGCUCACGCAUGCUUUUUAAAGUGAUAGGCCAACGUUUAGCAGCCAUGAACCUUCUCUCUCCACUGGCUAUCAGUGAUGAGUUCAGCACAGUACGACUACAGCAUAACCGGGCAUUCACAGAGCUCUUGCAUGCGACCAGCUCAUCACUUUUCCCCCAGGAACAUAGAUUUUUGAGUACAGAAGGCCAGAGUCUAAGAACCAAAGAUGGACUUUUCCAAGCACAGACAUCCCGUUACCUUAGUGAAUUUGAAGAAAUCGCAACACUGGGUAAAGGAUCCUAUGGCAAAGUGUUUAAGGUCACAAACAAACUUGAUGGUCAGGAAUAUGCUGUGAAAAAAAUUCUAAUCAAGAAAGUAACAAGAGACGACUGUAUGAAGGUUCUUAGAGAGGUUAAAGUGCUCUCCAGCCUUCAGCAUUGCAAUAUUGUUGGCUAUCACACUGCAUGGAUGGAGCACGUUCAGCCUGCUGUGCAAAUUUCACAAACGCUUCCAGCAUUAGAGAAACCAUCACAGAAAGAUGGGUGCACACAGGAAAACACUAACAGCAGCAAUGGAUCGUCCAUUGUUUUUGAACAUUCUGAACAAGCCGAAGCCAAAGAAAAUCAGGCUACACUAGAAAGCAUGUCAGUGAAACCCUCAACUUCAAAAGAAGAGAUGGGACAUGCUGUUUGCCCCAAAAAUGUCCGCAACCCACAGAACUUUGUUCCAUGUGUGUUUCUGGGAAAGCCUCGCGCUAUGGUGAACAAAUGCCCUGCAGCUAAAUGGGACAGCUCAACACUCUCAGAGGACGACUUUAGUCAAAACAGACUUGAAUUGAACAAUAACUCUUACAUUGAUAUGGACGCUACUGAAUGGUCCGAAAAGCAGGCACAUGAGGUUCAGUUCCAUUUAAUGCUUUAUAUACAAAUGCAGCUUUGUGAGCGAUCUUUGAAAGACUGGAUACAAGAAAGAAACUCAAGGACCACGGCGGGACCUCUUAUGUCAGUAGAUCAUUGUGAGUCAAUUGACUGUGAACAGGCAUUAAAGAUUUUAAAGAAAAUACUUGAAGGAGUGGAGUACAUUCAUUCCCGUGGUAUUAUGCACAGAGACCUAAAGCCUAGAAACAUUUUCCUACAUGGACCUGAGUGCCAUGUGAAGAUAGGGGACUUUGGCUUGGCGUGCCAAAACAUUUUAAUGGAUGAGCAUGAGCAGCUGCCCUCCAGCUCUCAAGCAGGUGUAAACACAGACUCGGCUCACACUAGUGGAGUGGGAACUUUUGUUUAUGCUGCCCCAGAACAACUUGAGGGUUCUCACUAUGAUUCAAAGUCAGAUAUGUACAGCAUAGGAGUCAUUGCAUUUGAGUUAUUCCAGCCAUUUGGGACUGAGAUGGAGCGUGUGCACACACUUGGAGAACUACGGCAGGGCAAGAUCCCUAACACACUGUCCAACAACUGGCCACUUUUGGCCAAGUAUAUCAGUCUGCUGACCAGCUCUGAUCCCUCAAUGCGACCAAGUGCAUCUCAAUUACUUCAGAGUGACCUCUUCAGCACCAAUGACAUGGUUAUCCACAGUUUAAAGCGCAAAAUUGAUGAACAAGAAGAAGAAAUUGUUCAGCUCAGGAGACAGAUCAGUGAGCUACAGAUCUCUCAAAAUGCAAUACACAGUCCAGAAAAGACAUAAUAAUAGUAGCUCUUUUGUACUGCUACAAGUGCUCAAUACUUGUAAAUGAUGUAAAUUGUUGUUUGGAAAUUGUAUGUGUGAGUGCAGCUCUGUAUGUAUAUAAAUGAGUGUCAUAUUUAACUUCACAAAAGAUCUGUAAAGUAAAGUCCCGUGCCAAUGGUG